UUUACCUUAAAAAAAAAGGCCACGCCCACCGCCUACGCUUCAUUGGGAGGGGUGAGGUCCAGGACAACUGCUUACAAAACCAAAGUGGUUUUCGGUUUCUGGCGUUCUGGCAAUCUACUCGCAACUUGAAUUUCUCGUCUCUACUUCAGGCAUGAGCAACUCGAUUCGUCGUUCUCCGUUUAUCCCUUUUCUUCUCUUCCCUAUUUUCCUCCUCUCCACUUUUGCAACUUCAACACCUCGGGAUUCCCUGAACAGAGGAUCCUCUCUAUCAGUUGAAGAUUAUGCCUCGGAUUUCCUUACCUCUCCAGACAAAUGGUUCACCUGUGGAUUUUACCCUGUUGGCACAAACGCCUUCAGCUUCUCAAUUUGGUUCACCAAUGUAACGGAGAAAACAGUUGUCUGGAUGGCGAAUCGAGACCGACCCGUCAAUGGCCGACGCUCCAGAAUUUCUUUGCGCAAGGACGGCACCAUGGUUCUCACCGAUGCCGACGGAUCUAUCGUCUGGUCCACCAACACCACUGGCAAAGGAUUCCAAGCUGAGCUCCUCAACACGGGGAAUCUUGUCCUGAGAGACCGUCACGGUAACUUAUCCUGGCAAAGCUUUGAUUUUCCUACUGAUACUCUUCUCCCUUUACAACCCUUCACCAGGAACACGAGACUAAUCUCUGUAAAAGCCAGAGGUCAAUAUUCGUCUGGCCAUUACAUUCUCUAUUUCGAUAACGACAACGUUUUGAGAUUAAUGUAUGAUGGGCCAGACAUUACUACCUUAUCUUGGCCAAAUAUCGAAUUGGCUGUGUUCAGAAACAAUAGAACUAGUUACAACAGAACCAGAAUUGCAGUACUCGAUGAACAGGGUAGUUUCACGUCGAGCGACAAUACAGGAUUUUAUGCCACUGAUUUGGGCUAUGGGAUUAGAAGGAGACUGACCAUCGAUUUUGAUGGUAACCUUAGACUCUACAGCUUAAACCAAUCAAAUGGGUUAUGGAUUGUAACCUGGGAAUCUAACCCACAGUCGUGCUUUGUGCGUGGACUGUGUGGGAAAAAUGGGAUUUGUGGGUAUACACCAAAGCCAACUUGUUUAUGCCCGCCGGGAUACAAGACAAGUGACCCAAGUGAUUGGAACAAAGGUUGCGAGCCUAUGUUCGAGAAAAACUGCGACAAUCCCGAAGAUAUGACAUUCGUGGAGCUUCCUCAUACUGAUUUCUAUGGAUUUGAUUUCAACCGUGCAUACUCUAUACCACUAGAAACUUGCAGAGAUCUCUGCUUCAAUAUGUGCGCUUGUGAGGCCUUUACUUACAGGCUAUCAGGAGAACCAUACUGUUUCCUGAAAGCUUCACUCUUUAAUGGCUACAACACUCCAGGCUUCGAAGGCAGCGUGUACUUGAAGGUUCCCAAAAGUUUAAAUCUGACGUCCAAGGUCUCCACUCCCCGAGGAUCCAAUCCCACUUGUGGAAAUGGAACUAAGAGCAAUGAAGCCUCCCCGACUCCGUCUGGCAACUUCAAGUCAAAGAAAAACAAGAGUACCUGGGGUUAUCUGUAUUCAUUUGCUUUGUCGAUUGGUGCGAUUGAAGCCUUAAUUAUUGUAUCUAGUUGGUGGUGUCUCUUCAGGAGAAACGAAAUGCCAACGUUGAUGGAGAAUGGAUACCGUGCGAUGAUGAGUCAGUUCAGGAAGUUCACCUAUGCUGAACUGAACAAGGCAACCAAAAUGUUCAAGGAAGAGCUAGGGAGGGGUGGGUCAGGAGGUGUGUACAAGGGAGUUUUAAGGGAUGGCAGGGUGGUGGCGGUCAAGAGAUUGGGAGAUGUGUUUCAGGGAGAAGAAGAGUUCUGGGCAGAAGUGAGCACAUUUGGGAGAAUCAAUCACAUGAACCUGGUCAGAAUGUGGGGUUUCUGUGCAGAAAAGACCAAGAAAUUAUUAGUUUACGAGUACGUUGAAAAUGGUUCACUGGAUAAGCAUCUCUUCUCCAAUACUAGUUUUUUGAAUUGGAGAGAGAGAUUCAGGACCGCUCUGGGAACGGCCAAGGGUUUAGCAUAUCUUCACCAUGAAUGUCUCGAGUGGGUAAUUCACUGCGACGUGAAGCCUGAAAAUAUACUUUUGGAUGGGGAUUUUGAACCUAAGAUCUCAGAUUUUGGAUUGGCAAAGUUAUCUCAGAGGGGUGGCUCUGGUUCUGAGUUCUCUAGAAUUCGAGGAACAAAGGGAUACAUGGCUCCAGAGUGGGCUCUGAACCUUCCUAUCACAUCCAAGGUCGAUGUUUACAGCUAUGGGGUCGUUAUUCUGGAGAUUGUGAGAGGCAUCCGUCUUUCCAAUUGGGUGAUGAUGGAUGGAGAAGAGGAGGCAGAGAUGACGAGAUUUCUCAGGAUGGUAAAGAGGAAGAUUCAGAAUGGAGAAGAUACUUGGGUUGAUGAUACAGUGGACCCAAGAUUGAAAGGGCAGUUCAAUAGGAAUCAGGCGGCAUUGAUGAUUGAAGUAGGUAUAUCCUGUGUGGAUGAGGACAGAAACAGGAGACCAACCAUGGGGAUGGUAGUACAAGCUCUACUAGAAUGUGAAGAUGAACCAGAGCUCUAUACUGCAAAUAUUCCAUAAUUUGAGCAGAGUGCAGAGAAAACGUAUACUUGAAAUUGUAUUGUAUAGUUGCAUACACUCAUCAAGGAUUUCAUUCAUUGUUGACUAUGCUGAGCCUAAAUUACAAUACUGUUUCUACCAAUAGGAAUGCAUCUCAUCAAUUAAUAACUUUUUCCUUCUUGGUCUGUAAUAAAUCUAUUUGUUGCACAUAGAGGAAUGAUGUGAUCCAUGAGGUGGAGAACCGGAGAUAGAAGACCAUUUGUUCGGUCCCUUCA